AUGGGCCGCCUGUCGGCCAACCCAGGCGCAAAAGGCUCAUCUCUGGCCUCUCCAAAACGCCUUGAUCGUAAGCCGGACAUACACCAUGUCGUGCUUGGGGACAUCCUCUUCGACACUUGGUUUCCUUCUUUCUACCCUGAUGAGCUCGUAGGGAAAGAGCUCGACAGGCUCUAUAUCUGUCAAUGGUGCUUCAAAUACUCAAAGGAGCAACAGCAGUACCUGACCCAUACGCUAUUCGCCCAGAACCUCUCACUCUUCGCUAAGCUCUUCCUUGACAAUAAAUCCGUCUUCUUCGACGUGGCCUCCUUCGACUACUACGCCCUCGUCUAUCAACCCUCCCAAACAGCUCCCAAGCCCAGCCCUCAGAUCAUAGGCUUCUUCAGCAAGGAGAAGAUGUCAUGGGACAACAAUAAUCUAGCCUGCAUAUUGGUCUUUCCACCAUGGCAGCGCAAAGGCUUAGGCAAGGUCCUAAUGGGUGUGAGCUAUGAGCUUAGUGAGCGAGAAGGCAGAUAUGGUGGGCCAGAGAAGCCGUUGAGUGAGCUUGGCAAGAGAGGCUACAUGCAAUUCUGGGAGGCGAGGAUUGCAAGGACGAUAUUGGGUAUGAAGGGGAGAUCUUCAAUCAUUGUUUCGGAUGUUGCAAAGGAAGCGUGGGUGCUGACUGAAGAUGUGAUUGCUUCUCUAAACAGAAUGGGAGUGUUGGGGGCCAAAAGGAAGGAUGGGAGUCUUGCAGUCAGUAAGAAGAACGUGAAGGAGUGGGCUGCAAGGACAAACGCUGACCUAAGGUCGCCCAUUUCGGAGGAUGCUUUCAUGGGAGCGUGGGCUGGCGAGGACGAGGACAUGAUUGAAUGA